AUGGACGCUCGUUACCGUGCUGCCCUCCCUGCCGAGUCCCUGCCCAAGAACGAGCCCCCGAUCUAUAUCACUCUCCACUUCAUAGUGACACGCCUCCCUGACUCUCUUAGUGCAGUACGAAACACCCUUCUCGCUCUCCCCCCCACAGACCUCACUAUCGACCUGCUAGGGAAGCACCUUCUUGCAGCUGAAGCGAACAUUGUCGUUGUAGGUGCUACCCGUGGCACCCCUCGCACGCCCUUCUUUGAAGGGUGCUCCCCCUCCCCCCUCGCCCCCUCUGUUGCCUCUGCCGCUGCUGUCGACUUCCUUAGUGCUGAGGAGGUCGGUGACGCUUCUGCUCCUAGUGGGAAGCGCCGCAGCGGCAAGGGCAAAUGGGGCAAGGGUGGUGGGGGUGGCGGCGGGGGGGGGGUGGGGGGGGGGAGAGGUGGUUGGGGAGGCGGAAGUGGUGGAGGUGGCGGUGGGAGUGGUGGAGCGAGUGGGGGCGCAGGCAGCGGAGGUGGCGGUGGCGGCAGGGGUGGUGGUGGCAGUGGGAGCAGUGGUGGCGGGAGUGGCAGCCGCGGGAAUGGUGGUAGCGACGUCGGUGGUGAUCGCUCUGGCGCAGUUCAGCGGCAGCAGCAGCAGCGUCCGCGUGAGGCCCUCUCGCCCCAGCAGCUUCGUGAGUGGCUUACUCAGCGUCCGGCGUCUAGGGGUGGUGGUAGUGGUCACUGCUCGUACGUUAAUCGCACAGGUUCCCGCGCUGGUCAGACGUGCGGGAAGUUUCACACCCAGCACCGCUGUUUCUCCCGCCUAGACGACGCUUGGCGUCAGGAGAUGGGUGAUGAGUGUGAGAUGCCCCGCUGGGCUGAGCUGUAUAAGGCUGGUGUUGAUAUCUUUGCUCUAGACUUUGAUGCUAUCAUUGCUGGAAUGUAUGCUCUGUCUACUAGUGUUGAGGGUGACUGUUACUUGUGUGCGUCGUAUGACCCAGGUAUAGAGGCUGCUGCCCUAGGUGCUAGUGAGUCUGCUCUCUCUGGUACUGCGCCUGCUGAGGCCUUGCACACCUUCACGCUUGACUCAGGUGCUUCCCGCUGCUUCUUUCGCGACAGUACCACAGUCACACCACUCACCAGGCCUGUUGCAGUUUCCCUGGCUGACCCCUCUGGGGGCCCGGUUCUUGCACGCUCCUCUACUGUGCUCCCGUGCCCGGCCGUUCCGUCCGGUUCCCUGUCUGGUCUCCACCUCCCCUCGUUCUCGACGAACUUGGUGAGCAACGCAGUCCUCCAGGAUGCAGGGGUUGAUACCUUUACACCUGGAUGGCAGCGUGUGGCGAUCUGCACUCUCGUCAAGGACCUCUUAGGUGAUCUGGACCCACGCCUUCUGGUCUCUGGUCUUCCCAGGUCUCUGCCUUCCCUCCCACCCUCGCCUGCCCCGCCCUGCAUUCCUUGCGUCGAGGGGCGGCAGCGCGCCGCUCCUCACUCCUCCUCGUUUCCCCCGACGACAGCUCCUCUGCAGACUCUCCACAUGGACGUCAAGGGUGAGGUCCCUGCUGUUUUGAUCCCUUGGAUCCGAGCUGUCCGUCUCCAGCUGCGCGAGCGGUUACGCACAGACCUUCCUGUCCUGCGUCUGCACUCUGACAGGGGUGGCGAGUUCUCCUCCGACCUCGUGAGGUCCUUCUGUGAGGAGGAAGGCAUUCGCCAGUCGUUCACGCUUCCGGCCUCUCCACAGAAAAAUGGGAUUGCUGAGCGCCGCAUUGGCUUAGUCAUGGAGGUCGCUCGUACCUCCAUGAUCCAUGCGGCUGCUCCCCAUUUUUUGUGGCCGUUUGCGGUCCGGUACGCCGUGCAUCAGCUCAACCUCUGGCCCCGUGUCUCCUCGCCCAGGCUACGUUGGAAGGGGGAGGUUGGCGAUGCGUCCGCGUUCCGGUCGAUCCCCUUUUACCUUCUCUUCCCCCACCGCACUGCCCCUCUCCACCCCCUGCCGCUCUUCCUUGCUCCAGGUCCCCCUCCGGUAGACCCCCUCCCCCCUCAGGGUCCUGCUCCUUCAGGUGUCUCUCAGGUAGACCCACUUCCCUUGGCUGAGCCUGUCGAGGUCACUGGUGACUCAGGUGCUGCUGGGGGUGGUGCUGCUUGGGGUGCUGAGCUUGGGGGUGCUGAGCCUGGGGGUGCUGCUUCGGGGGGUUCUGGGCCUGGGGGUGCUGAGCCUGGGGGUGCUGAGCCUGGGGGUGCUGCGUCUGGAGGUGCGGAGCCUGGGGGUGCUGAGCCUGUGGGUGGUGAGCCUGGGGGUGCGGAGCCUGGGGGUACUGAGCCUGGUGGAGCUGAGUCCACUGGUCGUCUUCUGGGUGCCUCCCCUCAGCGGUCUCCCCAGCGGGAGCCCCUCUCACCACAGCAGCUGCGCGAGUGGCUAGCUCAGCGCACUCGCCUCCGGCGCAGCGCUAUUGGAGCUGGAGGCGCUGGAGCUGGAGGCACUGGAGCUGGAGGCGCUGGAGCUGGAGGUGCUGGAGCUGGCACUACUGAGGCUGACGGUGCUGGCGUUGGAGGUGCUGGAGCAAGAGGCCCCGUGCAUCAGUGA